AUGGAUAAUCACCUGCAAAACACUUAUGAUAUCCUCUCAAGCGACGAAAAACGGUCUGGCGUUGAGGAAAGAUGGGUUUCCUUCCAACCGUACCUUCUUUCCAAAGGCUACCGACUCCGACCACGCUACCAACCCAACUGGGUUCCCUCAUGGAAGACUAAUACUGACUUGUGCGUGUCGGACUGUGAGGAUAGCAAAGAUUCCAUGCCGGUGCGAGUGCUUGAUGCGACCAGAGCAGCGGACAAUCUCCAGGUUAUCAUCAAAAUGUUGGUGCCCGAGCAGACAGAAGGCCAAAACGAAUUAGCUGUGCUCGAACGUUUUAGUUCCCCGGAACUCAAAGACCAUCCAGACAAUCAUGUAGUGCGAUGUUUAGACUCGUUUCCCAUACCUGGCGAGCAAUCCGGCUAUUUCAUUGUGAUGCCGUUGCUUGGAGGAUAUCGUGACCCACCCUUCAGAACCCUUGCGGAAGUACACGAUUUCCUACAACAGAUUUUCAAGGGCCUGAUAUUCAUGCACGAGAACAGCACCGUACACUGUGAUAUAGCAUCAGCCAACAUAAUGAUGGACUCCCGUCCUCUAUACAACGAACCGUUUCAUCCAGUAUAUCAAACACUCUCCCUUGAUAUCCAACGUAGAAUAUACCCCAAGUACUCCCGGCUCGAGAAGCGUGUACGAUACUAUUUCAUUGACAUGGGUUUCGCAACGUGGUUCCCUGAUCCAAGCGUACCACGUCUGCUGACCGGAAAACUGGCACGAAUAUUAGCGCCGGAGCAAAAGAUUAAUCAACCAUACGAUCCGUUCUUAGUGGACAUUUACCAACUUGGUACAGUUAUCAAACAAGACCUUAUACCAUUGAACAAAACACUGGACCUUCUCAAACUACUCGCAGAGGAGAUGACUCGUUCGGACCCGUCCGCCCGUCCGACCCUCGCACAUGCUCAGCGAACAAUGAACACUGCAUUCCUCGGGCUGAGUGGAUAG